UCUGUCUUUCUUUUUUUUUUCUUUAGGGUAUGUUAGAGCUGAUCAAGGCUCUUACUGUAUGUCAAACUAUCAAGGAACUUUAUGUCAAACAGCAUAUUGCACUCCUAUUUAUAGUUUGGGCAUUUCAUGUUCUUCUUAGAUUCAUCCGUUUAGGCUUUAUUCUUGAUUACUUACUUAUCCGAUUGGGUGUAUAUACUUUUAUUUCUUAUUGUGUAUUUGUCAUUGUGGCCAAUUUGGGAAUUCCUUUCAUAGAUCAUUUUUUGAACUUUCCAGUUUAUACACCAUUGACCAACUGUUUAUGGAAUUAUAUUAGCUUGGCGUUUCAAAAACUGACUCAUUCCGUCAAGGAGAAAAAGACUACAACCCAAAUACCAGCGCGAACACCUUCUUAUCUUCAACCAAACAUCCAACCAGCAUUCACGUCUACCAAUGAUAUGUCUAUUCAUGGUGUAGGAUCGACUACAUCAUCUUUAUUUGGAUCGUAUGAUCAAGUACCACCUAAAUACCACAACAACUUUCGACCUUAUGAUAACAAGGAUAUAAUGACAGGACGUUUGAUCGGAUCAGCCACCAGCUUUGGCAUCAACAAAAAUACAACUACAGCACCUACUACAAAAAUAGGAACAACAUAUCAAGAACACUCUAGUCAUGAUUUGAAGCGAAUGCUCGAAGAAAGUGAUCGAUUGGCAGCAGAAGCAAGGCAGCAAACACGACUAGCACCUUCUUUAUCAUUUGCACCAUCCAUUCCACCUCCUCGACCUCCUGCAAAGCGUAUGGAUAAGACAUUAUGGCAAUUGUCAAGAACUGACAAAAUGGAGGAAGAUUUUCGAGAAGAACAGGUAGCACUUAUGAAUGAACAUUGGGAAAAAGUGAUCACUUCAAGUAUGCGACAUAUGUAUCGUGAACGCUUGACAAAGUGGUUGUCAAGUGUUGUUUUUCAUCCUUUGGCUUCUGGAAUGGCAAUCCUUCAUCAAAGAAUUCAUCCUUACACGAUUGCAGAUUGUCCUAGUAACAUCAUGGCUACUAUUAUUCAUGCUGAUUCUACUACAAAAUAUAUUCGUGAUGCUGUUCAUAUUCCUGGUUAUGAUGAUUCUGUCGCUAAAAGGCAGUAUGUAUGUGAUCGUAUCAAAGAUCUUGCCUCCUGUGAUAACUUGCAAUCAUACCGUUGGACAAAGUCAAGCCCUGAUUUACCUGGUGAUGAUAUAAUUCUGAUGCAUUGCUUCAAGACAUAUAUGGAAUAUGAAAUGCCAAAUGUGGUACCUCCAUUGAUUGCUGAAGAGGGUGGUGUGUUUCUGUUUCUCUUGGUAUUCUUUUACAUUACUGAAGAGCUAAGGGAUCAAAUAUUCCAUUUGUAGUAUGAUGAUUAGAUAGAUAGUAUUUUUUUUUCUCAAUAAAUAAUCGAAAAUUCAUGCAAGGAAGAGCCAAUGGGACGUUUGACGACUUCAAAGGCCGAUAUGGUCCAAUGGAUUUUUUUUUGUUAUCUUAUAAAACGGAUGAAUCAUUUCAGAUAAAUACAGUAUAUAUAACUAAUUCAUGGUUGGUUGGUGAGUGUUGAC